AUGGCAAAAGUAGCAGACAAAAAGAAAUACACAAUUGCUGAUUGUAUUAAAUCAUUUGACUUUUACAGGGUGAUGCCAAGAGAACUAAGUGAAGCUACAGUCUCAGGCGCUACAAUCAGUGUGAUUUCUUCAACUCUUUUAUCUUUACUACUUGUGUAUGAAUUCGCCAAGUACAUGCAGUUCAAUGAGAGCAGAGAACUCGCCAUAGCCAACCCAAUGAAUUCAAUUGAUAAUAUGGUAACUAUAUUCAGAGUGAUACGUAUAUAGAUUAGUUUGUAUGUGGACAUAGAUUUUCAUGGCACUCCAUGCGACUUGAUAAGUAUGACUAGAGGUGAUAGUAUUGGCUCUGAAUAUAAAGACGUGUUUAAGCAUACUGAUAAAGAGAACAAUUUCAUCAAUAAAUACCUUCUGAACAUAAGAGAUGAAGCAUUAGAACUUCAUGAGGAGAAAGGAUCAAUAGAUGUCAAUGAUAUAAUUGAAAAGCGCAGGCAAAGACUUGGCUGUAGAAUAUAGGGUCAUUUUAGAGUGUAUAAACAAGAAGGGCACUUCACUAUCACAACAGGAGGUCACAAUCAUUAACUGACUGAAGCACUAAAUGCUAAUGGAUUCAGAAUAGACUUUUCCCACAAGAUUAGAAGCUUAUUCUUUCAUGAUGAGUCUGAUGCUAAGAAACUAUAGGAGAUAGCAGCUUCUUAUGAACAUUAAUCACUCAAAGGUACUAUUGCAAUGCAACCUACGAUGUACGGUAAUAUGGAGGUUGCCUUCUACUCUGCAUAUUAUCUUGAUGUCACUUAAAAUAUCUAGAGAAAGGAUGGUGAAUUCUAAGCUAUGGACUAUUAAUACACCUCAACUCAUUAAAACAUGAUCAUCCUAGGGUCUAAUUCAUUCAAUGUCAAGUAUGAUAUGUCGCCUAUAAGCGUGAUCAAGAAUAGAGAUAGUAAGACAUUCUACAGUUUUAUAGUAGGAUUGUGCACUGUGAUUGGAGGAUUCAUUACAGUUACGAGCAUCAUUGACAGCAUAAUGAGAAACUUAAUUCCAAAAGAAGAACUAAAGAAAAAAUGA